AUGCUUGUUCAUUCUGGUCAUGCUUGCUAUAGAGGUUCACCAUAUCACAGUCCAGGUAGAGCUACUUCCUAUUAUCCUAAGGAAUCAAGAUCUUGUAAUGCUACAGUCCCACAGUCGAUAGGUCAUCAAGAGAUUUUGUUCACUACCUCCGCAUCAAUUGUUCCACCGUUACCAAUCAAGACAGUCUUUAGUAUUGAUGCAUUUGCUGAAGAGGAAGCCACUGUGUCUCCAAUUGGUUCUCCAAUUUCUAAACUCCAACUUUCAGAUGAAAUAAUUGCUCUUACAGAUGUUGUGCUGCCUCAGAUACCCACACGCUCUAUAGAAAGCCCUUUUGUGGGCCAUGCAUAUGGUGCUGAUUCCAUUACAUUAUUUCAGGCAAUGACCUUACAUGAUGGAAAGGCCUCUGGUUUUCGCGAUGAGGGUGAAACUGGCAAGACUGUUAUCUCUGGAAAUGACAAGUUUGCUGGGGACAUUCCUUUGGUGACCCCAAAAUUGCACUUUGAUCGCAUUUUGCAUUUUGAUCUCAACGUAGUUCCAGAUAUGCAAAUCUGUGUGCUUGCCAGUGAUAUUGAUUACAAUGCCACGGUCCUACUAGUAGUUCCAUUAACCAUUGUCAGUUUCAUUUUGGCAUUGGCUUGUGGUUUUCAGUGGAAACUCAAACACAUGGCUCAACCUCCUAACCAGUUUGCUGACAUUCUCACCAAGGGUCUUUCUACUCCUCUGUUUCAGCAACAUUGUUCCAAUCUUAUGCUUGGCUCCUCCAAGCAUGCGAUUGAGAGGGGAUGUAAAGAUAUCAAUGGUCGUAGUGCUGCCACGUGUUAG